AUGAAUUAAGGUAAUUAAGACAAGAGAAAAUAGAGAGAUUAUGAAGAGGAUGAUUCAGAAGAAGAGGAAAUCGAACAACCAAUAAAUGUGCAUAAUAAGGGAGAGAUGGAAGAGGAAGUUAAUCUUGACUUUGUAUUUCUUGAUCCAAAUCAAAAAUAAUUUCACUCCAUUAAAUCAUUCAUCAAUGGCUAUUUAGAGGGAAUAAGCUUUAAAUCUUCUGAGUUGGCCAACAUCAUAUGUGAUCAAGUUGAAUUGGGAACCAUGGUUGGUCAAGAGGAUGAAGACAAUGUUUUUGGAUUUACUACAAUAUUAAAUAUUGGUGAAAUUAAGUAAUUUAGAAUUUAAUCAUCAAAAGGAGCAAUGCCAUUGGUGAAAUCUUGCAUUACGUAGACACUAAAUCUCAAUAAUACAAUAAACAACAUCAGCAAUUAUAACACAUCUUCUAAACACCCAAAAAAGUUGGUUUAUUCAUUAAUGAGAGGAUUCUUAAUUUGGCUCCACAACUUGUUCCCAUUUUGCAUAAUCAACUUGUAAUUUAUGAAUUUAAUUUUAGAAAGAAGACAUCAAUUGGUUACAAAAAGAAGACCCAUCUAAUUCACUCACAAAUCUAGAUUACCUACUUGUAAUUACUAAGUGUUUUAAAGAUAAUGACUAAUAAAAGUAAACUUAAAAAGUAAAAAUGCUUCUAAAAAUUAGAAAUCUACUUCAGAUCUCAAUGAUUUGAUAUUCCAAAAGUUUGAGGACUUUGUUUUUUUGCAAAAGUCUGUUGUUUCAUUUAGAUUCCUUAGUGAAGGAUCCAAAUAGACUCAACAAGUCUCUGACUAUAUGAAGACUGAACAAGACGGCUAAAUUUGUUAUCGAUUGAUCUAUCUGAUACAAUUAAAAGAUUAUCUAACAUAAAUAGCGAAUAUUGAAUAAUAUGUAUAAUAAUGAAUUUAUAAUGUAUUCUAACUUAAUAAGACUCACUUCAUUCUGUCUUCAAAUAUAUCGCCAUAGUAAUUAGUUAUUGAUUUUCAUAGCCAAAUAUGCUUUCUGUACAUGAUUGCAAAAAAUCAAUAGGAAUAAAAUGA